AUGCUUGUUCGCUCUCUUGCCGAGAGUUAGAUGAAAAGACUGAUAUGACUGUCAGUUAAUGUGAAGCCACAGCCAGAAGACAGUUAGCUUAGCUUGGCAUAAAGACUUGAAUCAGGGGCAAACAGAUAGCCUGGAUCUGUCCAAAGGUAACACAAUCUGCCUACCAGCACCUCUAAAGUUCACUAAUUAACUCGUUAUAUCUCAUUUUUUUAAGCUGUACAAAACCGAAGUGUAAAAAUUUGUGGGUUAUGUGCAGGACUAUUUCUUAGCUGGGAGCAGUGACUUCCUGGAGUCUCAACAAAUAACCCCCCCGUAAUGACACAUACUGUGGUAGAUGAUUUUAAUCAUAUCGCCUACUCCUAGAUAUAAAUGUGUAUAAAGAAAAAUCUAUUAUAAUAAUUGUGCUGCUUUUGAUGCAAUAUAUUGCUAAAGUCCUUAGUCUACAAUCACUUCAUCAAGUAUAUUGUAUAUUUUACUUUAAUUUGUAAUAAACAAAAAUUCUGAAUGUUUUUGUCAUCAUUGGUAAUCAUUACUCCAUUAUUUAAAAGCACUUUUUUAGUUCAAACCUGCUACAAUUAUUGAAAAUCAUAACUAAGCAUUAUGUAUAACGUUCUGCUGACUGUAUUUCUACUCAGAACAAAUUCAGUCUACUUCAACAGUAAUAAUGCUUAAAUCACAUGCCAUUGUUUAUCAAAUGGGUGGAGGUUGACCUGUAAUAAUAUCGCCACAGCAACAAGCUAUAUGCUCACAACGUUUUUUUUUACUCCACCACCCAAGUUUUUUUUUUUUUUUUGUACUUCUGUCUGACUGGGUGUGCCUCUCCUCUGUAACAUGAGAGCCACAUGACCAAUAGGAAGACAAACAGUGUGGAAGUUAGUGUAUUUCUUCCGCAAACUUUUUAAGUUUUUGCUGUGUUGUAAGAGGAGCAAGAGAGUAGGCCAUAGUCCAACAACACUGGAAAAGAGGUAAAGACAUCAGCAAAGAUGGCAAACCAGCUCCAGAAGCUUGUAGCGGAGAAGAAGGAUAUGGUGGAGACUGUGAUGGAAGUGUUUGAACAGGGAGCUGAAGUGGUGGCCAGUAUCGCUGGUGACCUUUUCCCUGUUUUCUCCAUCGCUGCUCCAAUUGUUAAACUGGCUCUGGACAAUGUAGAAAGUAAAGAGGCGGCAUUCAUGAAGGAGCAGUUUCAGAAGGUCCGAGAGCGUCUGGAGGUGGUCUCAGAGGAGAUUCAGCAGAUCAACAAUGAGAUCAAGAAGAGCGGAUUGGAUGCUGUGUAUUUCCCACUGGAGGAGAACAUCACCAACCAGUUCAGGAAAUACAUGGACAUCCUCAAUGCCAAGCCCAAGUUCAGAGAAGUCAAGAAGAAGCUUUUCCUGGAGCAUUUUGCCAAGACCGGCGGUGACAAAAACAUUAACACCCUCUACAACUCUGUGACGGGAGAUAACUUCUCUGGGGAAUCUGUGCUUGAGAUCACCCUGAACUACGAGGAGAAAAGUCGCCGGCCGAUGGAGGACUUCUGUGCCAGGCUGAAGAAGCUCUUCUGCAUCGGGCUCAUUGCGCUGUUGGGCCACGCUGCUCUGAAGGGAUAUGAUGAGGAAGAGGCACUUCUGAAAGACUGGGGGGAGAAGAUGAAGGUUGUCCAGGAUAAAAUGAAUGCUGUCAUUGAAGACUGCAUCGUCAGCUUCCCCAAACAGGCUGAGCUGGAUUCCCAUCGACUGGUGAGAGACCAGUCGGACUUAACCAGCCAGCAGCUAGCUGAUGCUAUCAUAGAGCAACUAAAGAAGAAAUAUGACUGGGUGGGCUGGUCUGUGCGUAUAUUCAAGUCUCCUUCAGGCCUGUUCACCAACAAGAAGGAUUACCAUUGCCCGACAGGGAAGAGUCGCUUCCAGGUCCCUUCAUCAGAUGAGAAACUUAACGUCUGGGUGUCCUACAGCUCCUCGGCUGAGCCUGUGGAUAAGAAUCACAUCCAGCAGCUGAUCCAGAGUCAGAAGAAACUCACAGUGGUGGGUGUAGCAGAGCUCCUGUUUGAGAAGUUGCCCGGCGACUGCGUUGUCCACACGGUCAAAACCAGCAAAGACCUGGCCUGCUCCUGGAGCUUCACAGAUGAGCUCCACUACUGGGAGGAGCACAAAAACUUCUACGUCUGUGUUCACUCGGCUUGAAGUUUUAGACAAUGAAAAAACUCUCAAAGUCAAUCAUUCUGUUGGUUUGUAGGCUAUUUCAUAUUACAUAAACUCUACAGCUGCCUCUCUGCCUGGCCUUAGCAGUGAAAUAUUACACAGUAUGUGCCUUAAUUUCACCUCUCUUUUAUUCAAUUAUUCUCUUUUUCUACAAAUCUUUACUGUUAGUUUCUUGCAGACAUGGGGGUGCAUCAAAGUCAAGUCAGUUAUUUAUAUAUAUAUAUAUAUAGCCCAACAUCACAAAUCACAAAUUUUCCUCAAGGGGCUCUAAAAUCUGUGCAGCAUACGACACCUUCUGUCCUUAGACCAUUACAUUUGGAUAAGGAAAAAUUCUCUUUAAUGGGGGAAAAAUGGAAGAAACUGUACAGACUUCCACAAAAAAGAAAGUAACACAAAUUGCAUUCUUUAACUAACAUUUUGAUCCCAUGCAGCUCAGAACAGACAGAAGAGCUUACCCCUUUGUUUAGGCUGUAUUAUAUCCCAGUGUCUUUUUUUGUUAUGAAAUUGGUAAAUCAUUUAACGUAAUAAAAGUUGACAGUUGCAGAGAAAUUCUGGUGUAAGAUCUACAAGUGUAUUUUCUACUUUCGCUAUCAAUUUCAGGAGGUCGUGGUUGUUUUGUUACAGUGGGACGUGCUGGGAAAGUUGUUGAUUUAGAAUCCGGCUGUCAUACAGAGAUUAUGUUUUGCUGGUAGUGAUAAGCGGUGACCUCGCCCUGUUAAGGACGUAUAUACCAAAGCCAUGAGAGAAAAUGCUCAUUUGACAAAAAUAGUAAGCCUUGUUACUGGCUGCUGUACAUCACAAACAAAGCAAAAUAAUGCACAAGAGACAAGGCCUUAAUUUGCUGUAGUGAACUGGUACCCAUGAAACUUUAUUUACACACCUUGCCACGAACAUGCCAAGGUGUAGUGACGGCAACACUUUGUUUACAUACAGAUGCUUAGCAUUUUAACCUGUGUGGUUGUGCAACACAAACUGGAAAGUUGUACCUGCUCAAAACCCUCAACUUCAUUUACUUUGUACUUUUCUAGAGGAUUUGCUUUUAAAUAAGAAAAAACAGUGAAUGGAAUUUAGGACAAUGUAAAUCUUGGGUUUGGGAUUUGGGAGCUUUAGUUUUUUUCAACAGAUUUUAAUCAAAAUUGAUAUAAUCUGACCAUGACAUUGACACUACGUUGUAAUAGCUAAAAUAUGUCAACACUGCAGAAAGAUUUUGUUUAUAAUCUUGUUGACCACUGACCUGUUUUCAUUGUUUUAGAUAAUUUGUGUGUUAUUGUACAUCACAGUAAUUUGUGUUUCUUUGUUUGUGUGUAGUUUAUAUGUUAUUACCUAUGUUACAUUUCUUUGAAAAUUUCAAAGAAUUCUGACCAAAACAUGCCCCAUAUUAACUGUAAAAUUAUAGGUGUUUAUGUUGCACUUCUGUAUUAUAUUAUUUGUAUUUCCAUACAGCAUAUUUGGGUUGUCAGUGUCUCAGAUUUAAAAUCCUGCUGGUAAACCAAACCAAUGAAUGUAAUAAAUCUUCCAAAUAAACUCAGUCGUAGGACUGACUGAAAAAAAAUGAA